AUACAAAAAGACUUAACAAGAUGGAAAGAGCCAUUUUUCCUGGUGGCAAUAGCCACAUAAUUGUGAUUAAAGAAAAUUUCCAUCUUUAUUGUUUUAUCCAUUAUAUUAGGAGAUAUAUGUAAUGGCGAUAUGGAAGUGUACUGCAUAAGAGGAAUUACUGAUAUUUGAUGUGUACUAUUGCUCGAUUUACCCCUUUCUGCGUUUUAAACAGACGAGCAUUUUUCUACGAUGAUCCCGCUGUUCUCUUGACAUCCCGCCCACUUUCAAUUCUGAUUGGUCAAACUCAGAACCUAUUCCCUCUCUCGAUUGGCUAACUUUCCUGUCUGCGUCGUGACGUAGUCCCAGGAGCUGCGUGACAGGUCCGUAGGAGGUUUCCUAUAGGUUUAAACAGGCAGUGUGUGGGUUUACAACGAGGAAAGCGUUGACACGAUUACGAUGAAUUUGUGAAUAUAAUAAAGCUUACUUUGUGGAGACAUGAGAGUCGCUGUAUACGCGUUUUACGGCUUUGCUCUUGGGCUUUUGCUCGUGGGUGUGCGGGAAUUAUUAUUUGGUUUCGAGGAGAAUCGAUGCAGCAUGACAUAUAUGUUCGAGUACCCAGAAUACCGACGCGUACCGCUUCCGAGGCGUGUCGCGCGCCAGUACCCAUCAUACGGGCUGUAUCUGUAUGGAGAGGGCGCAUAUGCUCAGGAGACCAGAGGACUCAAGCUCACCGGCGCACCUGUGCUCUUCCUGCCGGGGAAUGCGGGGAGCUACAAGCAAGCUCGUUCUCUGGGUUCAGUGGCGUUGAGGAAGGCUGAGAACCUGGACAGACCGAUCCAUAUGAAUGUGUUCACUAUUGACUUCAACGAGGAGCUGGUGGCCCUGUAUGGGGGCAGUUUGCGCAGACAAACUCAGUUUCUUCAUGAAAGCAUCAAAGCCAUUUUGCGCCUUUAUAAGGACUGUCCAGACCCUCCCACAGGUGUGGUUCUGGUGGGUCACUCCAUGGGUGGAGUGGUGGCAAGAGCGUUGUUCACCCUGGCACGCUUCAAUCCACGGCUGGUCAGCCUCAUCAUCACACAGGCCUCCCCCCACCAGGCACCUGUCCUGUCUCUUGACCCUUAUAUACUGGAGUUUUACUCGACAGUCAGGCAUCGCUGGGCCACAAAUGCUGAAGACCUUCGAAAUAUUACCGUUCUCUCUGUGGGUGGUGGUUACCUUGACUUCCAGGUGCGUUCUGGCUUGACAGCGCUGUCCUGUCCCAUCGAUGACCUCAAUAAGAUGUCAGUAGUGGUAACUGCAGUUCCCCGAACCUGGGUUUCCACAGAUCAUAUUUCCAUUGUUUGGUGCAAGGAGCUGGUUCUGGCCACAGUCCGAGCAUUCUUCGACCUUAUUGAACCUGAAACCGGGCAGUUUAUAGAGAGUCCUGAGAAGCGAAUCUCAGUGUUGAACUAUCACUUCUUUAGACACCCAGUGCUGCAGCCUGGAGAAGCACAGGAUGCCCCUGUCACUUUCUCAGCUCCCCCUGAGGCGUGGAAGGAGGUCAACACACUCCGUCUGUUCUACACUGCCCCCAAGGAAGCUCAAGUCAAGUACUUCUUGUUUGCUCUCUCCAGUCGAAGGAAGGCCUACAGUCAUUUCCAUUGCCGCAGUAAUAAUAUGGAAAUGACCAGCUGGCUGUAUGGCUGCACACAGAUGAGUGGCUCGAUGUGUGUUCAGGCAGUGGAUCUGUCAUCUGAGACAGAGCUCCUUCCAGCCUAUAAGGCUGUGACAGUGAAAAUCUGUGAACUCUUGUCAGUCUCUCAUCUCAUCAUUGAUGCCUCUAACCCCAGCGGAGCACAGUUUGUAGUGGAGUGUGAGCUGCAGAGAGAGCAGAGCCUGACUGUCUCAGUGCAGGUGCCUCAUACGCUGUCCUUUGGUCUGACCGUCAGUGACAUCAGCAUUAACUCCUCUGGGCUGCUCCAUACACUACUACUACAAGACUUUCAUCAGGUUUAUCAGGCUUUUAGAAUAACGAUCAUGAGUCAUUGCAAAACCACUAAAGACAGACUGCCCAGUGUUUACAGACUGAGGGUACCUUGGUUUCACGAAGACUCCUUUGCUAUGGCAAGUAUUCCAUCGGUAUCUGAGAUCUACGGCAUGCUUCACACCAGCCGCCCAGACAACACCUCCAGUGCCCUCCUGCAGCUCCACACUGCCCCCAACUGCCAAUACAGGGUGUCUAUUCGGACUUCAUUUCCCAAAGUGCUUGGGCAGAUUCUACGUUUCUGUGGUCCAGUUCUGCCCGUCUACUCAGCUGUAGUGCUUCUCCUGAUGAUCAGGGCUCAGCUGAGCUCUGUCAAAAGAUUGGGACAUCCUGUUGGAAUGCAAGAGGCCAUGAGUAAAUCCUUACAGCUCCACAAACUGGAACUGCCUGUGCUCCUGCUGCUGCUGCUGCUCAGGCAGAGCUGGUUUCAGGAUGUCUGGUCCUCUCUUGGUCUUCCUUGGGUGGAUACUCUUCCUCUAAACUCUGUGGAAAGCGUAUCCCAGGAUCCAAAAGUCUCUAUGCAGGAAUGGCCUCGUCUAGUGUCCCCACUGCUCUGUGUGCUCGGUGCAGCCAUUGCAUUCUGGGGUAGCACAGUCCUCAGAGUAUCUGUCUACUUCCUGUCCUUUUUUCUUGCUCCACUGCACAGACCUUCAGUGUCCCGGGACUGUGGCACGCUUCGUCUUCAUACUCGGAUUCUCCUGAUCAUCUCUCUGAGUGUGCUGGGAGGCGUCACCUGUGGAGCGCUGGCUCUUAUGGUCUCCACUCUUCUCCACUUCUACAGAGUGCUUAGAUUGCAGAUGACAGAGAGGUCACUGAGCCACAUGUUGAACCUGGCGCCCCAGAAAGUUUCACAAAACUCAGAAAAUGGUUUUCAUGGCACUGAUUCUCACAGUAAUGGUAAAGAAUGUAACGGCAGCCCUUUACUGUCAGAAUCAGUGCUACAAGACGUCAGAGAUGAUCUGCAGCUCCACUUUAGUGUGUCCACAAUGCUUACUCUUACCAUGAUGUUCAGCACCCCUUCCCUUAUCCACUGGAAGCACAAUCUCAGAUAUUGGGUUCAUUUGGAUCCUGACCCCUGCUGGCCUCACAUUCUACCCCUGCUCAUCAGCUCUGUGCUGCUCAUCAACUGUAACACAAAUACACUCCUCCGCAGCAAACUGAUGCUUAAUCUGAUGGUCCAUCUACUGCUGCCGCUGUGUGUGGGAAUGCUGGCUUUUUGUCCACUGCACAUUUACAGAGUCACUUACUUCAUGUCCGCAGCUCUGACCCUCUUCGUCUGCUCUUGUUACUUUUGACCGCCCUGCAAACUUUAAAAGUGAGUCUGCAUUGAGAUUAGAACAAGACCUGGGUUUUGUAUAAAUCCAUACCAGGUCAGACCAAAACAGCCUUAUAACCCUGUGUGUAUUCAGUGGGAUCACAUCAGUGGACCAGCACAUCCAGAGUUAUGUGAUUUGUCGUAUGUCAUCAUUUGUGGUUUCUUGACAGGGUAUUACAUUUGUUAAUGAUGGUAUGUCUGUAUUCAUGAGCAAUACCUCUUGUCCAUAAGGCUAGUUUCCCAGACGCAUUUUAAGCCUAGGCCUGAACCAGUGUCAGAUUUAGACAUAGGCGACAUGGGCAACAUCUUGCUGCACAGGGGGAAGGGAUGGUUUGCACAGGGUGCCAUGCAAGCUAGAACCGCAACUGGCCUGAAGUUAAUCUAAGACUAUAUUUAAUCAGUGACUGGGAAGCUAGCCUGUACUGGAGUGUGUGUUGGGGGUGGUGGAAGCGUAUCUGUCUGAUUUAGUGUUAAUUCUUAAAGUCAACAUGAAAUCAUAAUUGAUAGGGAUCCACAAUAUAUCAGUACCUUAUUUGUUUUCAGAUAUUAGUUAUUUAUUUUAUUUUUAUCACCAUCUGACGACAUUGGAUAUUUAAUUUUGCUGCUCAUUUCCCUUAUUUUUACAAUCAGAUUACCUUUGCUGUCAUCUAAAUCUCACUUAAAUUUAUCAAUUUAAGUGAGUUUAUUAAAAUAUCAAAUUUAUUAAAUUUAUACACAAUAUAUCAGUACCUUUUGUUUUCAGAUAUUUUUUAUAAUUAUUUAUUUUAUUUUUAUCACCAUCUGACAACAUUGGAUAUUUAAUUUUGCUGCUCAUUUCCCUUAUUUUUACAAUUGGAUUACCUUUGCUGUCAUCUAAAAGUUAAAUUUCAUGUUUAAAAACAAGUAUUUUAAUCUUUAAGAAAUUUUAAAAAUAAAUUAUAAUGUUGUGAUGCCUAAAUUCAUAUGUAGCAUUUACAAUUGGUUUCUUUUUUUUUUUUUGUGUGAUUUUAUUUUCAUUUUAUUUAUACAAAAUGGUAUGACAUUUUAAUAUUAGCCAAGUAACGGUUAUUAGCCAUAACAUAAUCGUUUAUUCGUAUCAGCCAGAAAACGGUUUUAAAAACGGUGCUCUAACAACUUAUACUGUUUACUUCUGUCCUUACUCAUUAGUGCACACUACUCCAAAAAAAAAAAAAAAAAAAUUAAAUCUUGAGAAAUGGAUAUGUAAGAACACCUACAUGUUCUCCAGUCUAAAUAAAUGGUAAUUUUAUUUUGCUUAUUGAUUCAACUUAUUGUACUGUGGAUAGUAACUGAAAAGUUCACAAUACUAGUGAAUGUGUUAUAAAAACGUUAAAAAUUGUUCUGUUCACUUACACUAAUGUUAUCACUAUCAUGUGAGGCUUUUCUUUUUUCAGUUAACUGUGAAGAAGCAUUUGCUUCAAUUCUGAUUCACAGUAUCAACAUUUUAAGUCACUUAAUUUUGUAGUUUAGCAAGAGAAUGCUUUUACAGUUCAUACCAGCCCCUGUUAGUAUAAUAUCCAAUCGAUUUUUACACAUUUUUCAGUAAAUCAAGCUGUUCACGUCAUUCUUGAGUCAAUUUUCAGUGGAUGAAAUCAGUUCCCAUUCCGUUUAUUUUUGACUAUUCCUUUUUCAUUAUCAAAAUGCCACAUAACGGAAGUAAAAAAAAAAAAGAGUUGCGAAUGUUUUUUAUGUUGACUUUAAGGGUGUAAAAGCAGCUUUAGGUGUUUGUUCAGCUUUUCUGCAAUUCACAUGUCUGUGAGACACGGGAGUCUGUGAGAAUGAUCGGAUCUCUGCCUGUUCUAUCUUUGAUCUGUCAUUUCUGCCUUAAACCAUUUAGCUUUGAAUGCACAUGUAAUGCCUGUAGAUGCUGAAACAUCUCUGUGUUAGACAGAUCGGUUCAUAUUAACACCCCUUUUGCAUUAGCUGAAGCUGUAAGGCGAGGAACAUAACCUUCCGUCUUUAGCCGUUACUGUGAGUUUCGCGAGGUGCGAUCACAGAACUGGACUGAUGAGCAAUAUGAUGAUUUUAUAUCAGCAUCAAUGUGCACAAUUCAUGGUGUUAAAAAGACAUCACAGUUACAUUUAUGGUUAUAGCGCAGUCUCAUAACCUGAGACGAAUUAUUAGAAACACUGCCACAGUCACAGUAGCCAUGAGAUUGUUGCAGUCUGCAUAGCUUUUUUUUUUUUUUUUAUGUAAUGUUUGAUAAACGCUGUUGAUGGUCCGUCUGUGUUCCUGCCCAGCAGCGUCUCUCUGCUCUUUCAUCAUUUGAUCUGCUCAUGAUUCAGGAUUGCUUACCUGAGAGCUGAAAUUAUACUUUGUCAUCCUGAAUCAAAUGAGAGAACGGUGCCUUUCGUGUAAUAUGCCCCUGCUUCUCUGAUACCCGUUUGCAAUGUAAUCUUCUCAUUAUUGAGGACGGAUGUUGAGGAUGUUUGUCAGUCCAUCCAAGUAGUGAAAUUUAAAUCAGAUGUCCUUCUCUCACAGGAUGUACUUGACCAAAAAACACUCUUAUGGCACAAAAAUGUGUCUUCUGCACUGUGAAUGUACAUGAAUGUGUGCGUGUGUAGUUAAGAUGUUUUGCAGUAAGCUUUGAUGCGUGUUGUCUUUUUUUAUGGUAUGUUGUAAUCUUGCUCUGCCUCAUGUUAAAUUUAAGCUGUUUUUGUGGUGUAAGUCUGAAAGGAUGCCUUUUUUCUAUCAGUAUGAUUGUGACUGAUUGUUUUCAGCGGUGUUCACUGUGAUUGUGCCACAAUAUUUUGAGGCCAGGAUCUGAUUUUAUGUCUCAAAGCAGACUGCUAAUUUUGGGCCAUGUAAUGAGUACACUCACCAUCUGCAAUGAAGCCAAACAGAUCCAACAGCAACUCUUUAACUCUGCAGUAAUGACAGCAACGUUUGUAUUGAGGCUUCUGAGAAAUUUAAUGAAGAGCUUGUGUAAACUUAUUUUGUUUAAUAGAGUGUUGUGGGGAUAAUAUGCUAUGUGAUAAUAUUAAAGGUGCUGUGUGUAAAUUUUAGCGGCAACUAGCGAUGAGUUUGCGAAUUGCAAUAUAGAGAAGCUACGGUGGCCAACGCAGAACAAAAAUGUUGUCGUCUGAGACAGCCAGUCAAGCAAACGCGCUCUGUAGAGCAGUUUGUCCGUUUAGGGCAGAAACAUACCGGCGCAAAUUGACGACUUAACAUGUUAAAGGGACCCGCUGUGUAUGUAGAUAGAAAUGGCUCAUUCUAAGAUAAUAGAAACAUAACGGUUCAUUAUGUAACAUCUUUAUACACCACUGAAAACAUAGUUAUGUAUAUUAUAUUGCAUUUAUGUCAAUAGAUCCUCCUAAAAUUUACACAUUGCACCUUUAACAGUUGAACGUUAAUUGUAAAGACAGAUGGUUCAAAGUUUGGGUUCAGUAAAAUAUAUUUCAGCAAGGGUGCAUUCAAUUGAUCAAAAGUGACAAAAUUCUGUUUCAAAUGUUGUUCUUUUGAACUUUAUAUUCAUUAAUGAAUCUUAAAAAAAAAUCAUGGUUUCCACAAAAUAUUAACCGGCACAACCUUUUUCAACAUUGGUAUGUUUUUUGAGCACCAAAUCAACAUAUAAAAAAAAAUUCUGAAGGAUCAUGUGACAUUGAAGACUAAAGUAAUGGCUACUGUAAAUGUAAAAUAAGUUGCAUUUUAAAAUGUAUUUAAAUAAUAUUUCACAAUAUUACUAUUUUUACUGUAUUUUUGAUCACAUAAAUGCAGCCUUGGUGAGUGUUUAAAAAACAUUAAAACAUCUCGACACUUAAUGAUAGAUUAAAACUAAUAUUUGAGAUUUGAAUUUAAAAAUGUAAUGAUAAAAUUAAAUUUAACUGACAAUUAAAAAUUAAAUUUUAAUGCUGAAACCAAAAUGUUCAGUAUUACUUACUUUUUUUUUUUUUUUUUUUAUAUCAGUCGAACAAUAAUUGACCUUUAGAAAAAAAAUGUGAUUGGAGGAAACAAAAGCCUGCAAUCCUGCACAUUCCACAGUCAUUCUGUGUGAGAAACACAGAUCCAGUAUUUCUGUUGGCUUUGAGAUGGGUUUCAGAAUGGUUUCAAGUUUAGCUGUGACUGUUUUGACUUUUUUUUUUUUUUUAUAAAAUCCAGCUCACUGCCUCGUGAACCUAAAUGCUGUUGUGCUUUAAUAUAGUUGCAGUGACUCACUCAUUACAGUGACUCGUCUGUUAUAUAUAAUGGAGAGGUUUAAAUCAAUAUUGUAAGGAGUUGGUAUUACUUGUCUCAUUUGAAAGCUGAAUAAUAGGUAUUUGUAACAUUUUAAAAUGAAAGCAUUAAUAAGCAGUUGUAAAUUGCUCAAUAAAACAUAUUACAAAAUGUUUACUAAGAGAUGUAGACGUUGAUACAAGUGUGAUUAUAGUGCUGUUUUGCCUGAUUUGUGGUGCUUUUGUAAUGAACAUAUUUCACUCAUGUGCAGUAACUACUAAACUGUAAGAGUGUAAAUGAACAUUUGUCAAUGCCUCUUUUAUACUGUUCUGUGAUGAAGCACUGUCUAUUAGCACAUAUGUAUGCUAACACAUUAGCACUUCUAUUGGCAGUCGGGCUGAUUUAACAUCAUUGGCUUGCACCUGUUUGGCCAAACAGCAGCGUCACUGUGAUUGGCUGUGAUCAUUGUUUUCUUAAUAUGGUGAUUAGGGCAGUUCAUGCUUAUUUCUGAAAUAUCUUUUAUUGUUAUUUAUUAUACAGACAUGAUAGAAAGUGUCAGAUGUUGUGCACCUGUUUUGUAAUUAAUUUGUUACAGUGCAGGAUAACAAGGUAUUUGCCUAUCUAACUCUUUGUAUAUGGUGAAAUAACAAAAUGAACAUUCUCAGGUUGCGAAUAAUGUGUUGUGGAGUCAGUGGCUUGUAGUGUUUAUAUCUUAACAUGUUAUUUUACCCAAAAAUAUGUGCAAUUUGAGCACUACUGCAGUUCCAAUAAAAUUGUUUACAAAGA